AUGGACGUGACUCUGGCUCUGGGUUCAUUGAAUCCAGCAGCAGCAGCAGCCGAGGAAAAAAUCAGCAGCGAGAAAAGCGCGGAGAAAGUGCAGGAGAAGCGGCAGAUCUCGGGCCAGACCAAGGUUCCCACGCACCCAAAGCUCACGCAGGACUUCACGCCCUUGAUCUAUGGCAGCGCCGUGACCCCCGGACUCGGUCAGUAUGCCAUCCCUGAGGAUCCUGCGCAGUACGCCGCUCGAAAGUUGCCCAACACCGCCAACACCAAUUACCUGAAGCUGGCGCAGACGCAAGGACAGCUCUCGCCGUCUCAGGCCCCGCAGCACUACCAGCAGCCCGUCUUCGUGCCCCAGGCGCCCCGCGUCAACACCAUCUCGGACGCUGAGUACCUCCAGCUGAUCCAGAACGCCCAAAAGUUCCAGGCAGCCGCACCGCCUCAAGCGCAGCACUUCGUCCCGUUCGUGCCCCAACACCAGGCUGCUUUGCUGGUCAACCCCGCUCAGCGCCAGUACGCCCAGCUGUACCCCAAACAGACCAGCCACCCUCUGGCCGAUUCCUCCCUGGAGCGCGAGAUUGAGAAGCUCGUGGCCGCGAACUCUCCUCAGCAAACCGCCUCCAGCCAGCGCCAAUCUACCAAAGUGCCGAAGCAGCGCCAGUUCCUGCCCAAGAACCAGCACAACUUCGUCUUCAUCCCCUACCAGGCACAUGCUCUCCAGCAAUUCGUCCCCGCCGUGCCACAAGCCACCCUGAAGCAGCAGCAAGCUGUGCAGCCCCUGCAGUUCCACCAGUUCCUGCCCCAGGCGCACUUCGUGCCGCUCGUGCCCCACCAAGCCCACCACCAGCAGGAGAUCCCGCUGGCAAGUCCCCUUGUCCAAUACCACAAGGCACCCCAAACUCCACAGGCACACAAUACACAGUUCCCCACCACCAAGCCCGCCGAACUGAAGCAAGUCCCGCAGCAGCAGUCCAGCAAGGCUGAGGCGUCGCAGAAGGCACCGGCUCACUCCACAAUCUAUGUCUCACACUCUACCAGCACCCCACCUUUCGCUAGUCCCACCAAGCAGUCUCACUACACCGCUAAGCCCGCAUCCCAUUCGCAGGAGUCCUCCUCCCAGGCGCAGCACACCACUCAGUCCGCCGGACACAUGUCCGUCAACGCCCUGGCCGCCUCGAUCUUCAAGACCCCGCCGUCGCAGCAGCGCCCGCUCACGCAGGAGGAGUUCCAGUCGCUCGUGGACGCCGGCUAUCCCGUCACGCCCAUUCACGUGCCCGUGCCCGUGCCGAUCUCCGCCAAGGACUACGACCAGUCGCACCAGCAGCACCAGCAACACCAGCAGCAGCCGCAGCAGCUGCAGCCGCAACAGCAGUUCAAGUACUCCCCGCAGACCGCAGGAAGCCAAUACCAGCCCGCCAUCCUCUCGCCCGCCACCUACUACGCGCCCCAGCCGCAGGGCUACUACCACCGCGAGCAGAGGGACACAGCGAAGGAGACGCAGCCCUAG